AUGGCAAUAAAAAGGAACGAAAAAUCGCUUGGCAUAAAUGGCAUCAAGUCGACACCGCGCCUACACAUGGGAAUCACCCGUCUCCGGAGCGUCAAGAGACGCAAGACACCCUAUCUCUCUCGCUAUGACCUUCUUCCGCUCCUCGUCUGUGUUCCGCUCUGGGAAAUUGAGCCCGUAGGCCUGCACGUAGGCCGUAGACUGCUCGGGAGUGAGCUCUCUGAGCGCAGUUACCGAAAGCAGAGCAGGUUAUGCUUACAGGUGCGGCCGUGGGGAGGGUACCAUCGGGAAGAGGGAUAA